CCUCUGUAUCCUGAAGGGGAUUUACCCCCAUGAGCCCAAGCAUAAGAAGAAGGUGAACAAAGGCUCCACUGCAGCCAGGACUUUCUAUCUCCUCAAAGACAUCAAGUUUCUCCUUCACGAGCCCAUUGUCAACAAGUUCCGGGAGUAUAAGGUGUUUGUCCGGAAGCUCCGCAAGGCGUAUGGGAAAAGCGAGUGGAGCACCGUGGAGCGGCUGAAGGACAACAAGCCCAAUUACAAACUUGACCACAUUGUGAAGGAGAGGUACCCAACGUUCAUUGAUGCUCUGCGAGACCUGGACGAUGCCCUCUCCAUGUGCUUCCUCUUCUCCACCUUCCCACGGACCGGCAAGUGCCACGUCCAGACCAUCCAGCUGUGCCGGCGCCUGUCCGUGGAGUUCCUCAACUACGUCAUUGCCUCGCGCUCCCUGCGCAAGGUCUUCCUCUCCAUCAAGGGUAUCUACUACCAGGCUGAGGUGCUGGGACAGCCGGUCACCUGGAUCACCCCUUACGCCUUCGCGCAUGAUCACCCCACGGACGUGGAUUACCGCGUCAUGGCCACCUUCACCGAGUUCUACACCACCUUGCUGGGCUUUGUCAACUUUCGCCUCUACCACUCCCUCAACCUGCUCUACCCCCCCAAGAUCGAAGGGCAGGCGGAGGUUGAGCUGAAGCCUGCGGAGGGCGAGGCGUACGCCAUGGAUUCGGAGAGCUACCUGGAGAAGCUCUCAGCCUUGAGUGCCAGCUUGACCCGUGUGGUGGCACCAACCACAGAGGAUGACGUGGAGAUGGAUGAGUUCCCUGUGGAGGGGGAGACUGCUGAGCAGAUGGAUGCAAAGAAGAAGGAGCAGGAGGCCCUGGAGAAGCAGAAAAGGCUGUUUGAAGGGCUGCGCUUCUUCCUCAACAGAGAGGUGCCCCGAGAGCCGCUSGCCUUCAUCAUCCGGUGCUUUGGGGGCCAGGUGUCCUGGGACAAGUCUCUGUGCAUCGGUGCCACCUACGAUGUGAGUGACCCAUCUAUCACACACCAGAUUGUUGACCGGCCCCGUGUGGAGCAGCAGGUUGUUGGCAGAUAUUACCUGCAGCCUCAGUGGGUUUUCGACUCCGUCAACGCCAAGCUGUGCCUCCCUGUGGCUGACUAUUUCCCUGGCGUGCUGCUGCCCCCGCACCUCUCGCCCUUCGUCACGGAGCAGGAAGGAGACUACAUCCCUCCGGAGAAGCUGAAACUGCUGGCCCUGCAGCGGGGCGAGCAGCCAGGUGAAGAGAGUGAGGAAGAGGAGGAAGAGGAGGAGGAGGAGGAGGAGGAGGAGGGCAAUGAUGAUGAGGAGGAGGAAGACGAAGAAGAUGAUUCUGAAAAGGAAGAAGAGACAAAAUUGAAGAAGAUGGAAGAGCAGAAGACUCAGGGCAAGGUGCUCCCUGUGAAGGUGACAGCUGGCAAGGUGCGGCUGGAGGACAAGCAGCGCCUGGAGCAGGAGCAGCAAAGCGAGGAGAAGCGCCUGGCCAUCAUGAUGAUGAAGAAGAGGGAGAAAUACCUCUACAAGAAGAUAAUGUUUGGCAAGAAACGCAAAGUCCGAGAGGCUAACAAACUCGCCGAGAAGAGAAAAGCCCACGACAUGGCCAUGAAAGAGGAGAAGAAGAAGGCCAAGAAGGCGCAACGGGCGUGAUGGCAGUUCCAGGCCUCCCCUCGAGGGAGCCAGCCCUGUCCUCCAUGUGCAGAGGKUGCCUGGGCCUUGGGCCUCAUGUAGCCUGGCCAAACCUUGCAGAGACCAUCUUGGAUUUUGGUGGAAAUCCCUCUGCUUUGCUUUUGGGAYAAAAAUGCUAAAUUAAAAAAUGUUCCCUGUCUGUAAAUACCCCUCCUGCUGUGCCUUUCCCCAGGGUGCCUGGGUUCCCUCAGUUCUCCUCUGCACAGGCCUUCACGUCGUGUGUGUCAGUGCCUCUGCCCACCUUAGCUUGUGCGGUGGGGUCAGCGUGACAGGCCUGGCGUGAGGACUGUCAUCUUGAUGUUGCUGCCACCAUUCCUGCUUCCUAACCCACAAGUGCAGCGAGCAGUCUGAGGCAAGCGAGGAAGCCCUGCGGAGAACUGGCUUCUUGUAGGGUGAUCCUGGGUGGUUCAUUUGAAUUUUCAGAGAUGGGGGCAGAGGAGAAGGCCUCGCGCCAGAGCAGGAGGUUCCCCUGCAACUGCCCRCGGUCGUUGGAUGCUGCAGUGUAUCAUGGAGGGGAGGGAGGCUCUGUGAACAGCAGGGCUCUUGCACCAGCCGGGGGGGAAUGGAGCCUGCAGCAGAAGGGAGCCUUUUCCUUGAAAAGCUGCUCUCCAGCAUUUCUUCUUAAGGCCRUUCCACGCCCUUUCAGUGACACAGCCUGUAAACAGUUUCUAUUUUUUU